GCGAUAAAGAAAUCCAUAUCCCUCAUCCUCUCGCCGCCUCUCGAGCACAUGGUCAUUGCUCCUUAUAUACUUGCUCUGUCCCAGUCUGUCGUCGCCUUCCCAGGUACUCGCUCCCAAUUAUGGGUAUCGAGGAGACACGUAUGGUCAUGGUGCGAACAGGUACAGAUGCUUCCAGAUAUACCUGUUCGAUGGGCGGGAGAUGCAGCCCACUGUGAUCCCGAAAUAUCGCACGCUUUCGCCGGGGUGCUAUUGUCCGCUGCCGGCGAAGCACGUCGACGAUAACUCCGUAUAAAGGGUUCCUCACCAAUACCACGUCAGUGAACACAUCGCUCAGUCUUUUGUCUUGUCACGGCUACACCAUGGCGCGAAAUGUCAUACUGGGGCUGUUCUUGGCUGCAUUCGCUUUCUCAACGACUUUCACGAGUGCGAGGGAUACGUCGCCGGCUGCGCUGAGGGCGAAACACGCCAAAGCAUUCGAGAGGCAGGCGACGGCAUUGAGGCGCGAUGGCGAGUUCGAGAAGAGGGCAUCUGGACCGAACAUCAAGAACAUAACGUUCGCAAAUCCGAAGGCUUCAGAGUUCUGGGUCAACGGAAGCUCUAUUCCACUUGUUGACUUUGAUGUAGGAGAUUCGUGGGCUGGCCUGUUGCCAAUCAGUAAUGCCACGGACGAAACUAGACAGUUGUUCUUUUGGUUCUUCCCUCCAGGUCCUGAAGGAAGUCUGGACGACUUAAUCUUCUGGACCAACGGAGGUCCUGGAUGUUCGUCUCUCGAAGGAUCUUUCCAAGAGAACGGGCCAUUCACUCAAUCCUGGGGCCAAGCCAAACCUACCGUCAACGACCGAAGCUGGACGAACCUUUCAAGCAUUCUAUUCGUCGAGCAACCCGUGGGAACCGGUUUUAGUCAGGGAACUCCAACCGCUCGAGAUGAGAAUGACGUCGCGGAACAACUUGUCGGGUUCUUCCAACAGUUCCUAGAGGUGUUCAGCGAGCUGAAAGGGAAGAACUUUUACCUUUCUGGUGAAAGCUAUGCGGGGAUGUACGUUCCUUAUAUCGCGAACUUCAUCUACGAGAAUGAAGGGAUGCUAGACCUGAACUUACAGGGUUUCUGGAUCUCUGAUCCCGUCAUAGGGUGGGACGUGGUCCAGACACAAAUCCCUGCCGUGGACUUCGUGCACAAAUAUGAGCAUGUUUUUGCUUUCAGUCAAAGUUUCAUGUCACAACUGGAUGCCACAGCCGCAAGCUGCAACUACACCGGAUAUGUCGACAAAUUCGUCACUUUCCCUCCGAGCGGGCCUCUUCCCCUCCCUGGAACGUCUACGGAAGCAAACCGUGGUUGUGACGUCUGGGAUAUGAUCUUCGACGAGGCGGUAAACAUCAAUCCGGCGUUCAACAUCUACAGGAUCUUCGACACUUUCCCUAUUCUAUGGGACGUCCUCGGCUUCCCAGGCUCGUUCCCACAAGCUCAGACCCUCCCGCUCUACUUCGACCGUACCGAUGUCAAAGAAGCGAUUCACGCCCCAACGAACGUGAGCUGGUCCGAGUGCGGCGACGUUAAUGUCUUCCCGCACGGCGAUGCUUCCUUGCCUCCCGCUGUCAAUGGUAUCCUUGCAAAUGCCAUUGAGAAGAGCAAUCGGAGUGUAGUUGUGCACGGGCUGGCAGACUUCAUCCUAAUUGCAGAGGGAGCAAGGAUUGCGCUUCAAAACAUGACUUGGAACGGGUUACAAGGUUUCCAAACCCCCAUCGCUAACGAUUCUUUCGUCGUCGACGGCGUCUCGCUCGGCAAUACACACACGGAGCGCGGGUUGACUUACUACGAAGUAGUCCUUAGUGGCCACAUGAUCCCGCAGUUCUCACCAGUUGCAGCAUUCCAGAUCAUGCAGUUCCUCAUGGGGUUCAGAGAUAGCCCAUGA